AUGCUAUGCGUUUGGUGGAAUUAUGAGGGAAUAAUUCACUUCGUUCCAGGCAGUCGAACCAUCUAUGCCAACCUGUACUCCGAACAACUGGAUCGGAUGUAUGCCAUUGUGCGACAAGAAUAUCCGGCAUUGGUAAACAGAAAGCGCGCUCUUCUGCAGCAAGACAACGUAAGACCUCAUAUCGCUCGAACAACCGGGAACAAAUACCAGGAACUUGAGGGAACGGAACUGGUACCACAUCCAGCAUAUAGUCCGGACCUCGCUCCCUCGGAUUACUACUUGUUCCGAUCCACGGUUCACUUCCUGCGCUUGCGACGAUUCACCAACCAAAAGGAGGUGGAAGCUUCAGUCGGGGAGUUAUUCACCUCGAAAGACAAGAACUGGUAUCAGUGUGGAAUCAAAGAACUGGCAAAAAGGUGGCUUCAAACGGUGCCGUACGACGACCUCUACAAUGAAUGCUCAGCUGCUUUUGUUGUAACCUAA